AGGACGCAGUCUGUGUAGCAGAAGUUUGAACCGUUUAGAUCUGCAGAAGCUGGACAUUAUGAACAAACAAGAAGAGACAUGGGAGAAACUGGACUCAGAGUUUGACCAUCACCUGGUUGACAUGAAACCAUAUGUCCUAAAACUCUCCCACAAGACAGAGCGCCAGCUGUGUGCCCUGUGGAUCAAGAAGCUGUGUGACCCAGGUGUAUCUGGCUCGGGCCUGAUGGGACGCAAGAACCGCAACCUGUACGCCCGCCUGCUCCUGCACAUGCUCAGAAGAGGGGUCCUGGAGGGCCCUUUCAGCCACAAGCCAGAGUCAGGCAGUCUCAAGACUCUACCAACAUAUAUGUCCAUCUACUUUGACGAGCCUCUAUGUGGCCGGGGCCUGGAGCAGAGCACUGCAGGCCUGCCUGACUGGGUAACGGGAGAGCUGGGCCAGGGUGACGACUCCUGGGACAGCCUUCUCAGAGAGAGGGCCAGGUCCUCUCCCACAGCCUACUCUAACACACACAGGAGAAGACGGCUAUAUGAGGAGAUGUCUCCAUCUCGGCCCCUGGCCUCCAGCCCAGUGAAACGCUCUUCUGAAGACCACAACAAAGGGGUGGAUGGCCACAGGAAGCCAGUGGUGCCGUCUCCUGACGACAGUGACCUGGAAGCUCGCCUCAACAGCUGGAACCUGGGGAUUGAGAACCCCAGGUAUUUGAGAGAGAACCCUAUCCCCUUGUCUCCGAUAUUCCUCAAAUCCAGCCUGAAGAACAGCACCGGGACUGAUGAGCAGACCCCAGUAGCAAGACAGGAGAAAGAGGCUGAGAUGAAGACUAAAGUCCUGGAGGCCAAGCACCAGGAGGAGAAACUGAAGAUGCAGCAGAAGCACGACGCAGACGUGCAGAAGGAGACACGGUGA